AUGUCAUUUUUAAUUGAUUUUCUAAGUAAAAUAAUUAACCAAACACCUACAAAUAUUAAUAAUCCUGAUAGAUGUGUUUUCUGCCAAGAUAUUAUUUUAUCAAGUUUAGAUGAACUAAUAACAAUAUUAUCAUGCAGGCAUUUCUUUCACUAUGAAUGCAUUCAUAAUUACCACAGUUACUCUAAUUCAGAAUUGUGUCCUACUUGUCCAAUUUGUCGUGCACAAAGUUCAACAUCAGGUAAUCAUACUGAAACACAAAUUGAAAAUUCAAGUAACAAUAACCAAGAAUUAAAUGAAAUAAAUAAGGAUGAAAAUAAUCAUAUUGAGAGUGAAGAUGAGUCUGAAGAGGAUGAAGAUAGAAAUAGUUACAAUGAAGAUGAUAAUGAAAGUAGAGAUGAGUCUGAAGGUAAUAAGGAAGGUGAUGAGGACUAUAAUAAUGAAAAUAUUGAGGAUUAUAAUAAUGAAAACGAUGAGGAUUAUAAUAAUGAAAAUGAUGAGAACUAUAAUAAGUAUGAUGAUAAUAUCAUUGGUGAUAACAACAGUUUGAGUAAUAUAAGAAAACCAGUGAUUCAAGAAUUCAUAAUGGAAAUAACAAAUCAUAUAGAAGAUAUUGAGGAAAUAGGUGAUGAGAUUAAUGAUGAAAAUGAAAUGAACAUUGAAGAAGGAUCCAGUCAAAUAACGGCAAUGACUUUGGCAAGUCUUUAUAAAUUGGCCAAUAAAGCACGAGAAAAAACAAUUCGAAGUACAAGAGAUAAGAUUAUAUCAUGGUAUCGUUAUGGUGAAAACCAUGAAAUUAAAAUUAGAGAAAUGAUGUUGAACAAUUCUCUUUCUGAAAGAGCUGUUCAAUCAAAACUUUACAAAGAAAUAUUGGUAUUUUUACCAAAUAUAAAGCAAAGCCACUUGAGAAAAAAAACUGAAAAAGCAAACAAAGUAUAUGAUCUAUUUAGACAAAUCGGAGUAGACAAAAUUGAAUGUAUCACUACUUUUAGUGCAGAUAAAAUUUCUAGAUUUACUCGUAAUGAUAUACAAACUAUUAUCAACUAUUUUAGUACUCAUUAA